GUUUGUUCUUGUGUGUACUGUCACGCCCGGAGUUCUUGCUAGAUGGACGGAGGCCAACAUGGCUAGGCAUCUUCGCUUCGUUGCUCGAACUGUUAUGGUUCAAGAGGGAAAUAUUGACGCUGCACAUAAAGCUUUGAAUCGGGUCUUGUCCGUGGACGGCAUCAUAGAGACGGUGAAGCGGAAGAGGUACUAUGAGAAGCCCUGCCGUCAACGGCAACGGGAGAACUACGAGAACUGCAAGCGGAUCUACCACAAGGAGAUGGCCCGCAGGAUAGCCUUCCUGGCCAAGGCCGACCGCCAGGACCCCUGGGUCGGCAGCUGAGAGCCAGGGGGAGAGAGAAACACUGGGUUUCUUUUCCACUGAAAAAAGGACUUUUUACACUGCUGGUGGAGUUGCUGACUUUUUCCUCGUGUCGUUUUUGGGCAUUCCCCCAAAAACGUGUUUGUUUGGAUUAAUUUUCGUCUUGCUUGUGUUAUGUAAGGAGGCAUUAAAAAAAGUGUCUGGA